GACACAAUUUUGUUUACAGCUAAAAGAUGGAACAAACAGAGAAACCAUCGACCAAACCGUCUUCUCGGACUCUCCCUAGAGACACUCGUGGCUCUCUCGAAGUAUUCAACCCGUCAACUGGCUCAACCCGACCCGAUAACCCCGUGUUCCGGCCAGAACCACCAACAUGGCAAAACUGGAGCGACCCACGUGGCAGUCCCCAACCUCAACCCCAACCACAAACCGAACCAGCUCCCUCUAACCCUGUUCGGUCUGAAGAGAUCGCCGUCACAACCUCAUGGAUGGCUCUAAAAGACCCAUCACCGGAGAAAAUCUCCAAGAAGACGAUCACAGCCGAGAAACCACAGGUUGCGGCGGUGGCGGCAGAGCAGAGAGCGGCGGAGUGGGGACUUGUUUUGAAGACAGAUACAAAGACGGGAAAGCCACAGGGAGUGAGCGUGAGGAACUCGGGUGGUGCUGAGAAUGAUCCGAACGGGAAAAGGACUUCGCAGAGAAACUCGAGUAAUUCUUGCCGGAGCUCCGGUGAGAUGUCCGACGGAGAUGUCGCCGGCGGGAGAGGUGGGAUCCCGAGAGUAUCGGAAGAUUUGAAAGAUGCUUUGUCCACGUUUCAACAAACGUUUGUGGUUUCGGAUGCUACCAAACCCGAUUACCCGAUUAUGUAUGCUAGUGCUGGUUUCUUCAACAUGACCGGUUACACUUCCAAAGAAGUCGUCGGCAGAAACUGCCGAUUUUUACAGGGAUCGGGGACAGAUGCGGAUGAGUUAGCGAAGAUACGAGAGACAUUAGCAGCUGGGAAUAAUUAUUGUGGGCGUUUAUUGAAUUACAAGAAAGAUGGGACCUCAUUUUGGAAUCUUCUCACGAUUGCGCCCAUUAAAGACGAGAGUGGCAAAGUCCUCAAAUUUAUUGGAAUGCAAGUGGAGGUGAGCAAGCACACUGAAGGGGCCAAAGAAAAGACUUUAAGGCCCAAUGGGCUUCCGGAAUCAUUAAUUCGAUAUGAUGCCCGCCAAAAAGAUAUAGCGACCAACUCAGUGACUGAGCUAGUGGAGGCGGUGAAGAGACCUAGAGCCUUAAGCGAAUCAACCAAUCAACAUCCCUUCAAGAGAAAAUCGGAGACCGAUGACCCUCCGGCGAAACCUGCUCGACGAAUGUCUGAAAACGUCGUUCCGUCAGGCCGGAGAAAUUCAGGCGGCGGGAGAAGAAACUCGAUGCAGCGGAUCAGCGAAGUUCCCGAGAAGAAACAAACAAAAUCUUCCCGCCUUUCUUUCAUGGGGAUUAAGAAGAAGAGCGCAUCUCUGGACGAAUCUAUCGACGGGUUUAUAGAGUAUGGUGAAGAAGAUGAUGAGAUUAGUGACAGAGACGAGAGACCAGAGAGUGUUGAUGAUAAAGUCAGACAAAAAGAGAUGAGAAAGGGUAUGGAUCUCGCAACCACACUCGAACGUAUCGAGAAGAACUUCGUCAUCACUGAUCCUAGGCUUCCCGACAAUCCCAUUAUUUUUGCGUCCGAUAGUUUCUUGGAGCUCACGGAAUAUAGCCGUGAAGAAAUUCUUGGCAGAAAUUGCAGGUAUUUACAUAAAAUAUGUAUUUCGAUCAGUUUCUUCAGUCAAGAUCUGAGAACAGAGCACGUUUUGAGCUUCAUUUUUUUUUCCCGGGAAAAUGUGUUUAGGUUUCUGCAAGGUCCAGAGACUGAUCCAACAACGGUAAAGAAGAUUCGAGCGGCUAUUGAUAACCAAACCGAAGUGACGGUUCAGCUCAUCAACUAUACCAAGAGCGGUAUCUAUUUUUCGAUAUUUAUAAGAUUUAUCCAUUGGUCAAUGUGUAGGGUCUUAAAACUAGAAAUUGCAUUCUCUGUUUCAGGGAAGAAGUUCUGGAACAUUUUCCACCUGCAACCUAUGCGUGAUCAGAAGGGAGAAGUCCAAUACUUUAUUGGAGUCCAACUAGACGGGAGCAAGCACGUUGAGCCAGUUCGCAAUGUCAUUGAAGAAGUUGCAGUGAAAGAGGGCGAAGAGCUGGUGAAGAAAACAGCUGUAAAUAUCGAUGAGGCUGUACGAGAACUUCCUGAUGCCAACAUGACGCCAGAGGAUUUAUGGGCAAACCACUCAAAGAUUGUGCAUUCGAAACCUCACAGGAAAGAUUCACCGUCGUGGAAAGCUAUCCAAAAGGUAUUAGAGAGUGGAGAACAAAUUGGGUUGAAGCAUUUCCGACCGGUGAAACCUUUGGGUUCUGGUGACACAGGAAGUGUCCAUCUAGUGGAACUCAACGGAACAGACCAGUUGUUUGCAAUGAAAGCAAUGGAUAAGACCGUCAUGCUUAACCGUAACAAAGUGCAUAGAGCAAGAGCUGAGAGAGAGAUCCUUGAUUUGCUUGACCAUCCUUUUCUUCCUGCACUCUACGCUUCAUUUCAGACAAAGACACAUAUAUGUCUUAUAACGGAUUACUAUCCAGGAGGAGAACUCUUCAUGCUCCUAGAUCGACAACCUAGGAAGGUUCUCAAGGAAGAUGCCGUAAGAUUCUAUGCUGCUCAAGUGGUCGUUGCACUCGAGUAUCUUCACUGCCAAGGGAUAAUUUAUCGGGAUUUGAAGCCGGAAAAUGUAUUAAUUCAGGGCAACGGCGAUAUAUCCUUGUCAGAUUUUGAUCUGUCUUGCUUGACAUCUUGCAGACCUCAGCUUUUGAUUCCGAGUAUAGACGAAAAGAAGAAGAAAAAGCAGCAGAAGAGCCAACAAACUCCAAUCUUUAUGGCUGAACCAAUGCGUGCUUCAAACUCAUUUGUUGGCACUGAAGAGUAUAUCGCUCCGGAAAUCAUAACGGGUGCAGGCCAUACAAGUGCAGUGGACUGGUGGGCUCUUGGUAUUCUAAUGUACGAAAUGUUGUACGGAUACACUCCUUUUAGAGGAAAAACCAGACAGAAGACUUUCGCCAAUGUUCUUCAGAAAGAUCUGAAGUUCCCCGCUAGCAUUCCUGCAAGUCUUCAAGUGAAACAGCUAAUCUUUAGGCUGUUACAACGAGAUCCGAAGAAGAGAUUAGGGUGUUUUGAAGGAGCAAACGAAGUCAAGAGUCAUUCUUUCUUUAGAGGCAUAAAUUGGGCUUUAAUUCGAUGCACGACUCCUCCGGAGCUUGAAACUCCGAUAUUUCCUGGCGAAGCUGAAAACGAAGAGAAAGUCGAAGUCAUGGAUCCUGGACUGGAAGAUCUGCAAACAAAUGUUUUCUAAGAUUUGAAUUAACGUUUCUUGUUUUCUUAAAAACGCUCUCAAGAACCUUUUGAAACUCUGUUGCUCCUCCCAAAGCGUCAAACGAGAUGCAGUUUUUCUUCUUUUUUUUGCUUCUUUGAUCACAUUAUCUGUCCAUUUAUUUUCCCAGUUGUUUCUUGCAAUAUGUGCCUAUUUCUGUGAUUUCGAAUAAUUUUUUUUACAUGUCAAUAAAAUUAAUCAAAAUUUGUAUUUGUU